AUGGAUAAAGUAACCGAUUUUGUUUGUGAUUCGAGUGGAAGUGACAAUAUAGAAAAGGAAAUAGUAAAUAGGAGCGAGCAACAAGUUAAUAUAUGCGUAAGAGAGAGGAGCUGUAAUAUUUUGAGUGAGAUUAUGAGGACACCAGAGAAAAGGGUUCGCGAGGAUAGUGAGGAGAUUAUAGAAGAUGAAGAUGGUUUUGUAACCGUUAGAGAAGGAAGCAAGAAGCAAGCGAGAAGGUUGUCUGAGAACUCGCAUUGUAGUGCUAGCGGUGUUAAAAGCGUACAAUCACUGGGUAAUGUCGUGAGCAUUACGGGAAAAGACACAGUAUUGCCAAAACAAUUUGGCUUGGCAAAGCUAUUAAAAUCGGAAAAUAUCAAAAACAUAAAUAAAAUUCAGUAUAAAAAUGCAUACAAGGUAAUUUUAGAAUUGGAAGACAGAGAAAACGCUGAAAAACUAGUGAAUUGUCAAAAAUUUAUAGAUUUGGGGUACAGAUGCCAGUUAGCAGAUGAAAUCCAUCUAUCCUAUGGAGUUGUUAAACAGAUAGACUUAAAUAUAGAUGUAGAAGAAAUUCAACAAAGCCUAGAAAGUGAAUAUGUGGUUGUCAGCGUGAGGAGAUUAAAACGCCUUGGAUUGUCCAGGGAAUGGGUGGAUAGCGAAUCAGUUCGACUAUGUUUUAAAAGUUCCACUUUACCCCCAUACGUGUCUAUGUAUGGGUGUCGGUUUAAAGUGGAACCAUAUAUGUUUCCAGUGACGCAGUGCUCUGGUUGUUGGCGGUUUGGACAUCUACUGAAGUCAUGUCCAACAAAAAUAAUAAGGUGCCCAAAAUGUGGGGAAAACCAUGGUAACUGUGACACUACCAACUACAAAUGUGUAAACUGUAAAAUGUCACAUAUGGCUUUGGAAAAAUCUUGCCCCGUAUUUAUAAAAGAAAAAGAAAUACGAAAAAUAAUGUGCCUGAAAAAUGUUACCUACCGAAAAGCCCUGUCUGAAUAUUUAGAGAAGAAAAAAACACCAGUGGGUCAUGAAAUAGAAAAGGAAACUACGCAUAAUACAUCUAAUAACUCUAAUAAUGAACAUACUUCGUACCGCGAUAUCUUAGUUACAAAACCAUGGUCAGAGAAAGAGAGUCAAUUGAGAUAUGAACUAUAUACUAAUGGUGAAGACAGAGGAGAUGAAAGUAUGCAAGAGUCAGUACAUUCUUUAAUUCUGGACAAAUCUGUAAGAAAACAGUCUAAAAAGAAGAAAAAGUCAGGACAGGGUCGUAAUCAUACAUAUAACAAAGAUGAGACACCACAGUUACAAGAGGAAAGCAUGGAAAAGGAAGAACCCCCAUCACAGAGCAUCGACAAAUCCGGUGAAGAUCCCGUUAUAGCUGCGCUAAGACCUUACGCGGCGCCCGAUGAUGAUGACGGUUUUAAAGACGCAUACAACUUCCAAAAGCUAUUCGGCAACACAUCAGUCACAAAACACGAAGUAACGACAGACGAUGUGUCUUUAGUCGAGCAUUUCAUUAACGUAGAACAUAGUUACGAUACUAACGACACGAAAAUUAAUAUAGACGACAAUUUGGAACUUAGAGAUUCUAAUAUCACAGCUGAGAAUGUGACGAUAUCUCGACCAGUCCACGAGGAUGUCGUGACCAAGUUCCUUAGAUUGAUAGAGACUCAACAUUUGCUUGGAGAAAAUUGUACCGCUGGUACUCACUUGAAUUUGGGUGAAGGUGUAGUAGAUAGGUAUGCGCAAGAAAGAUUUAGAAUAGAAGCUGAUGUCGCGGUGAAUAGAGCGAAUAUGCUGACAAGACUGUGGAAGUACGCUGGUCCUUCAGUCAUGCAUAAUGAGUAUUUGCUCCAUGCGAGCGUCUUCUCCAUGGUCGAGUUCGAUGAUGAUAUAUUCGCAGCAGGCAACUGUUAUGACCAGCUUCAGUAUAAGGACUAUCAGUUAUUCUGUCCGUUUGCUUACCGGCUGCCAGAAGGACCAAUUCUUGCUAAGGACCUGGCAGUAGAGUACAAGUAUUUAAGCAACACCUCAGAAUGGUUCUAUAUCGCAAGGAAGAAUGCGGAACGAGUGAUCAGGAAUCACAAUCAGUUUAGAAGAGGUUUCAACACAUACACUUACAACGACACAGCGCACACAGACAGAGAGCCGGACGAGAUACUGUCAGUGACGUACGAGGACGGCAAGUGGUCGAAGCCGUACUACGACUGCGGUGGCGGCAACAUCUGGAUGCUCACCUACACUGUGCCCUUCUUCGGGUAUAGUAAUGGGACCUACUUCUUCAAGGGUACAAGCGGUAUUGACAUAGAUCUUCGGCGAGUGGAUAUCGACCAAUGCCCCAUUCGAUCCGGCUCUACACAACUCAACAUAUUCGCCGGUACUGACAAAUGCAAGAAGAAGACUACCGAAUGCGUCCCGGUGCCCGGUCUCGGGUUCCGCCGCGGCUCCUACCGCUGCGUCUGUCGCAGAGGCUUUUACUUCCCAAACACUACUGCAGACAACAGAUACUAUAAUGGAAGUGAUAUUGAAGAAGAGUACGAGAAACAUCUCUUGCUCCAACGCAGCUUAUACUCCAUCCCCGAUGCCUUCGAGUGCCUCCCCUGCGCGGAGGGUUGCGAAGCCUGCGUGGACGGCUCCCCGUGCGUGGCAGCCCUCAACUGGGUCGUCAGGACCACUAUCUUCGCUCUCGCCUGCUUCGUCAUAUCCUGUCUGCCGUUCAUAGUGUAUUUCACUAUCAAGUACGGACAUGUUCGGGUUGUCAGAGCGGCGAGUCCAGCCCUCCUGAGGGUCAUCGUCCUUGGAGCCCUCCUCAUCUACUGCACUACCCUCGUGAUGUAUGGAAGGCCGACGGUCCUGACCUGCACCGCGAGGGUCUGGCUGCGCGAAGUCGGUUUCUGCCUCACGUAUGGAGCUCUCAUGUUGAAAACAUGGAGAAUAUCAGUGAUAUUCCAAGUGAGAUCAGCGAAGGCUGUGAAGAUAUCAGACAUGUACCUGUUACGUCGUAUCGGCGUGAUCGUCGGAGUGGCUUGCGUUCUGCUGGCUAUUAGGACACUGGUCGCACCGCCAGCCGUCAUCGUUGGAAGGACGAAGGACGACUUGAAAGCCUACCUCUGUAAUACCGACUGGUGGGACCAUUCAUUUACUACGUUGGAGGUGAUAUUCUUGAUGUGGGGUAUAAGGCUCUGCAUCAUGGUCAGGAAAGCGCCUUCAGAGUUCAACGAGAGCCGGUUUAUCUCCAUGGCGAUAUACAACGAGUUCCUUCUCUCCGUCUUCCUUAAUAUAUCCAUGUUAUUCCUCCAAUCUCCAGCGAACCCUGACCUCCUGUACAUAAUAUUCUUCUGCCACACGCAGCUCACCGUGACUUUGCUGCUCUGCUUUAUCUUUGGGAGCAAGGCCUACAUGGUCUACAAGGGGCACGGUAAGGACGAGCGAGAGAAGACAGGGAAGUUCAGAUCGAGGCCUGCCGAGUCCACGUACACUAUGACCACCAACCGAAGUGCCAGGUUCUGUGAUAACAUGACUGAGAGAGAACUAGAGGAGGAGUUUAGAAAGAUUUGCAAUCAGCUCGAGAAACUUCGAGAGCGCUGUGGAGCAGGAGCGCUGAUAUCUCGAAGAAUCGGUGCCAUGCAGGACGCAUCAGCUGUUUAUGACAGAAAGCCGCCUCCGUCAGACCACUCAGCACCUUUGAAACUGAACACCGUCUUCAGUGCCGUCGCAGAUCGGCUGAUGUGCACAGUCACUCCAGCCGAAGAGUCUUCCAGCAGUGGACGGGACUUGCCAUUCGAAGCCCCUCCAGCCUAUAGACAUAAGACCUUUAGUCCAACAAAAAGCGCAGACAACAGCAAUGCGGAACAAAGUCAGACCGACGUUACUACUGACUCUCCCAAGAAACGUGCAGAAUUAAAUGAAGAACCAAAAGAAGAUAAGCAGAAUGGAGUGUUCAAAAUUUCUGGGGAACCAAACUGCAGUGAUAUUCGACCACCAGAAGUAAGUCGUAACGGUUACAAUAAUAAGAGUGAGAAAACCAGUGAACUGAAGUCCAGUCCUAGCAGUACUGAGACAGUGAAAGGUGUGAGGUCAGGCCACGCGAGGACUCAUGCUAUAGUUAUUAAUCUAGAUGAUAAGAGUCGCUUUACUGAAGAGGUUACUGUCUAAUUAAAGACUGUACUUAUAUUUUGUUGUUAGGGAACGUGGAUGUACCAAAGAUGGCGUAUUAAUUAAUUGACGAGAAAAUUACAGUAUCAAUUACAGGAAUCAAAUUUAAAACAGGCUUUCCAAGUAUUCCUAAAAUUAAUGAAUAGAAAUUGAUAUGACAGUUUCGGGGAAUUGUGUGAGUUAAUUAGAAAUUUGAAACUGGCAGAAUUCUAAUCAAUCAAAAUUGUGUUCAUUAAUAAUAUCUUUAGAAAUUGAUAUCUUAUGAUUAAAGGUACUUUGUACUUAUUGAAAUCUAUGAAAGUGAAAACUUAAAUCCAAACUAUAAACAAAGCAAUCUCGGUAGAAAAUGGUGUGUGAAGGGAAUUCACCACAACAUUUAAGUGGAAACUAGUUUGAACCGGUGACCUUUUCAGCAUCCCUCGACUCACCUACUCCACUAUUGAAUUAUCACUAAGUGCUGUAAUAAAGUAAGAGCAAACUACAUAACCCAUAUCACAAAUUAUU